AUGGAUAUCAGCCAACUGCUCAUACAGCCACCGCCGCAACAAUCAGAAGCAUCGGCAUCACCUAACAACACGACCACAAAAGCUGGUAGCUUCAUCGACAACAAACGUCCCAUUCCCGAUGAUGAGUUGAUGCUACGUUGGGAACAGGUGUUGCAUGAAGCUGAAUACACCUUCAAGCAAAAUGCAGAUCGCAACAGCUUGACCGAUGGUUAUAUUUGGCCGACAACAAAAUCGUUCACUUCAAUGAACGACCACACAACUUCCACUACUAGGACGCCUAUUCAUAUCAAGGUUAUUGGACGACACAUGAAUGGGUCGUUUAGGUGCCACAUUGGAACCGGCAAAGCAUCACGGCCGAUAGAAUCGAUUGAGCUAUGUAACCAAAUGCGAUUGUUGGCGGUGUUCUUUAGGGUGGAAAAUAGCAAAAGUCGGCUGGUGGCACCAGACUUUAUUUUUUUUCCAACAUGGCUAUUGCACCUUUUCCGCUAUACGAAGCAUGGAUCUAGCCCAGGGCGUACGGAUAUUCGCUUUUUGGAGAAUGCGUUGUUGGCAAAGGAAGACCACAUUUACAGGCUCAAUAGUGUGCUCAAUACGUUGUUCCGCUUCAACCUGCAUACGUUUGAUCAUGCGCGCCUUCACCAGACUGUACAACUUGCUCGUUUCUUGUUUGACAAUGUCGGCUUAAACAUUGAUGAUCAUCCACUACCACGACCUAAUGAUUGGUACAGCUAUUAUGCUCGUCUCAUUCAUCUCUUGCAAGCACCACGUCCUGUAAAGCGCAAGCCCAUGUGUCACAAUUGCAACAGCAAACCAGCAUCACGUCGUCGUCUAUGUGUUGCAUGCUAUCGAUAUCAGCUCAAACAUGAUGAGCCUCGACCUUUACGUUUAAUUGUGGCCAAUCAGUCAUCAGCAGCGGCACAUGACACUAUCCAUCAUUCUUCUCAUCAUCAUCAACAUGAUCGUCGUUCAUCAUCUGGAUCGGUGGUAAGCUUGUACACAAACACGCCUACUAAGCGGUGCGCCAAUUGUGGUGUGCAUGAGACACAUCAAUGGUAUCGCAAUCUUUGUGGCACGGGCCAUUGGUGCGAGACAUGCAAGAGCUAUUAUUUGCGUCAUACCAAGGUGCGUCCUGCUGAGCUAUUUGUCAAGGCUGCCAAACGCAAGGUGGAUGUCCGUGCUCUUGUUAAUUGGUGGCCACCUAUUCCAACACCACCUUCUCCAGCAACCGUUGCCACACCAACAUCUGUACCACCACCCUUCGAAGAAACUGAAAGCUUGAGCUCUACCAGCAGUAUUAGCAGUGAUAGCACAAGCCCUGUUUCUUCUCCUUCCUCGGCAUCAUCGUUUGCACCGUGGCUAUGCUAA